GUCGGCUCUGACCCGAUGGGCCAUGCAGCGCUGGACAGGCAAACCACGCGUCGUCCUGAAAUGGACAGACUACCUCCGUAAAGUGGCGCCAACAGCCUUAGCAACAGCACUGGAUAUUGGGCUGUCCAACUGGAGCUUCCUCUUCAUCAGCAUUAGCUUGUACACCAUGACCAAGUCCUCGGCGGUGCUGUUUAUCCUCUUUUUCUCUCUUGUGUUCAAGCUCGAGGAACCCAACCCUUUCCUGAUCCUGGUGGUCCUGCUGAUUUCCAGCGGUCUCUUCAUGUUUACGUUCGAAUCGACACAGUUCAACUUGGAGGGCUUCAUUAUGGUGCUGCUGGCGUCCUUCAUCGGGGGAAUCCGCUGGACGCUCACUCAGGUCCUCAUGCAGAAAGCAGAGCUGGGUCUUCAGAAUCCGAUCGAUACCAUGUACCACCUUCAGCCGCUCAUGUUCCUCGGCCUCUUUCCCCUCUUCUUGUAUAACGAAGCGCUGAGCCUGAGCACCUCCGAGAAGUUAUUCCGGGUGACGAAGCUCUCUCCUCUUCUGUAUUCCCUCCUCACCCUCAGUAUCGGCGGCACGUUGGCCUUCGGUUUGGGCUUUUCUGAGUUUCUGCUCGUCUCACGAACCUCCAGCCUCACUUUGUCCAUAUCAGGGAUUGUUAAGGAAAUUUGCACGCUGCUUUUGGCAGCAUACCUGGGAGAUAAAAUGAGCGUCCUCAACUGGCUGGGGUUUGCUGUGUGUCUGUGCGGCGUGUCGUUACACAUCGGACUCAAGACUUACUAUUCCAAAAGUAAGAUGUCUCUUUUGUUUGCCAGCAAUAACUUCAAGUAUUCAAAUGUUCGACCAUUGUUCGGUUGUCAUCUACCUGAAAAGAUGCUGUGUUUCCUGCUCAGUGUCUUCCUACUGCUGUCCUCAGGGGUCCACGGCCAAGGUCGUCUUAAGCUGACGGUGCUGUCUGAGGACAGACUGCAGAUGAAAUGGAAGGAGGCUGAUGGACCCGUUCAGGGCUACAAAGUCCGAGUCAGAACAACUUCAGAGGAACCACAACCAGAGCUGAUGCUGACCACCACCCGGGGCCGGGCCACAGUAGCAGGACUGGACUCCAGUCAGGAAUACUCUCUCCAAGUCUUCGUGCUGAAUGGGACCACAGAGAAACUUCUUGCAAAACGACGAUUCACCAUGGAGGGUCUGCGAGACGAAGAGAUGAUCCGCAGCGAUGGUCGUGAGAGCAGGAAGAAGACGCUGCCUGGCGGGUCGGGGUCAGGAGAUCUGGACGAUGUGACGGAGCUACUGGUGGGUCUGCCAACAGUUCGAUUCCCAGACCCUACAAAAACCCCUGCUGAACUCCCUGAUGAGUCCCCAGAGAAAAUUACCACGGAGAAAAGGAAGAGGAAGAAGGACAAGGAGCGACAUCGUUCCACCGCGGAGACCAAAGAGGAGCCGGGGACAAAACAGGGGAUGUCUCAGCGGAAACCGUACGAGUGUGACAGCGACGCAGCAGCAGACAUCAUGCUGUUGGUGGAUGGUUCCUGGAGCAUCGGACGCACCAACUUCAGGCGGGUCAGGGACUUCUUGGAGGGUCUGAUGACGCCUUUCCACAUUGGGCCAGAUCACAUUCAGAUCGGUCUGACCCAGUACAGUGGAGACCCCCGCACAGAGUGGAACCUCAACAAAUUCAGCAUUAAAGACCAGCUGUUGGAGGCAGUGAGACAUUUUAGGUACAAAGGAGGAAACACAUUUACAGGACAGGCCCUGCUCCACGUCAUGGAGGAAAACAUGAAGUCUGAGGCAGGCGCGAGACCGGAAGCCCCAUUUUUCUUGGUCUUGUUGACUGACGGGAAGUCUCAGGACGAUGCGAUCGCGGCAGCAAACCGGCUGAAGAACGCAGGCGUUGAAAUCAUUGCUGUAGGUGUGAAGAAUGCAGACGAAGCUGAGCUGAGACAGGUGGCAUCAGAACCCGUUGAUUUAAAUGUUUACAACGUCAACGACUUCCCCCUGCUCAGCAAACUGGUGGCACGACUGGUUCACAUCUUGUGUGGAAGGAUAAAAGACCGUGGCAUCACAAAACGAAUGGAGCCCGUGCCGACGGCAGACCCAGCCCUCUCCUACCCGAGCCCCGCUGAUCUACGGUUUUCUGAACUCGGAUCCAGGCAGGUGAAGCUGCACUGGACCAAUCCAGCGAAACCAGUCCAGCAGUACAGAGUAGUGUACCACAGUGCUGACAGUCAAAGCCCCCAGGAGGUAGUGUUAUUAGGCUCGAAAUCCUCUGUUCUGCUUGAUGGCCUCUCAUCUCAGACGCUGUACCACAUCUCCAUCUUCCCUGUGUAUGAACACAACGUCGGCCUGGCGCUCCGAGGAACCGUCACAACACUGCCGCUGGCCAUGCCGACCAGUUUGGAGGCGGCUCCUUCCUCUCACAGCACGCUGCGAGUGAGCUGGAGUCCAGCUCCUGGUGCUACUCAGUACAUGAUCCUGUACUCGGCACUCAACGACGGAGAGCCCGAUGAUGCGAAGGAGGAGAAAUUCAGCGGUGAUCAGACAGUGGUGGAGCUCGCAGGGUUACUACCAGAAACAGACUACUCCGUCACACUUUAUGCUCUCUAUGAUGAAGAUCCCAGCGAUCCGGUUACUUUUGUUGCCAGCACUUUUGCUCUCCCAGCUCCUGUUAGUAUACAGUUCCCAGUGGUAACCCACAGUAUGCUGAAGGUGAGCUGGGUGCCUGGCGCCGUGGACGUACCCGGCCACAGAAUCACCUACAGCACCAACCACGGCAGUGAUGUCAAGCAGGUGGAGGUAACGGGGAUGAGCUCAGUCCUGGUGCAGAACCUCUUGUCUCUGUCCAGAUACCAGGUUUCUGUCCAGUCUCAUUACCCACAAGGCCUGUCUGCUGCGCUCACCGGUAACAUCACCACACUAAAGGUACCUUCCCCAUCGGACCUCAGAGUGACGAACUUUUCAGGCAGCGACAUCACUGUCCACUGGCAGGCUGCGGCUGAUGACGUCGUCUCCUACCUCAUUAAAUGGAUCUCUCUGAGUGGAGGAGAUCUGAGGCAGCUGAAGGUGAAUGGUGACAGAGAAGGAGCGGUCCUGAAGGGAGUGGAGGAAGACAAAGAGUACCAGAUCUCUCUGUCUGCACUUUAUGGAGAUGGAGCUCAGAGUGAAGCUGUGGCCAUCCGCUACAGCACCUUGUCAGGAGGAGGCCCAUCCAGCGUAACUGUUUCAGAAGAAACUGCGGUCAGUCUGGUGGUCAGAUGGGUGCCUCCAAACGCUCAUGUCCUCCAGUACCGUGUGACCUACUCACCUCUGACAGGAGCUGAGAGCCAGGACAGAACUGUGUUGGUGCCAGGUGGUGAUAAACAGGUGGUGUUGCAGUCAUUACAGCCAGAUACACGUUACAGCAUCUUUGUCACGGCUGAGUAUCGCAGCAGAGAGGGAGGCAGCGGCUCAGCUCAAGGCAAAACCACCAGUCUGCGAGUGAGCAGUGUCAGUGUGGUCAGGUCAGACCACUCAAGUAUAUGCUUGUCGUGGAGACCCGUGUCUGCGGUCGAUGGAUACCGGAUUGUCAUUCAGUCCAUUAAAGACAAACAAACAAAGCAGGAUACCGUUGACGAGUCCAGCAGCAGUUACUGUUUCACUGAUUUGGAACCAGAGACGCUGUAUCGCAUCAGCAUGCACGCGCUGCUCGGCUCAGUAGAGGGCGCUGCCGUCUCCAUCCUCCACCCAACAGCUCCAGCUCCCGUCAGAAUUCAUGUCCAUCCUCAAAUGUACCCGAUUCAUAACGAAGUUUGCCCUGAAGUCACCAUCAGGAACAGCAUCGUUAAAGGGUUCGACAUGAUGGAAGCGUUCGGUCUGACGCCGAGAGCUCACUCCUCGGUGGAGGGGGUGGCGGUCGAGCCUUUUGUCUUCAACACCGUCCUCACCUACACGCUGUACAGAGACGUGCAACUGACCCAGAGCACCAAGUUUAUUCACGCAGCGGGUUUUUCUCCAGACCACACCAUCAGCAUCGCCUUCCGGGUCUUGCAGGAUACGCCCAGGGAGCCCUUUGCUCUCUGGCAGCUCACGGACAUUGAUUUCCAGCCGAAGAUGGGGGUGGUUAUUGACCCUUCUACCAAACAUCUGACGUACUUCAGCCUGGACUACAGAGGAGAGGUUCAGGAGCUCACGUUUGAUCAGCCGCAGGUUCACAAGUUGUUCUACGGAAGUUUUCACAAGGUUCACCUGUCUGUUAGCCAGGUGAGCGUGUCUUUGUCCGUGGACUGCCAGCAUGUGGGGGAGAGACCGGCUCGUCCUCUUGGUAACCUGCCCACCGACGGGUUUGAGAUGCUGGGAAAACUGGUGAAAACACGAGGACCUAACAGUGGAUCCGCCCCGUUUCAGCUGCAGUCUUUUGAGAUCGUCUGCAACACCACGUGGGCUUCUGAAGAUACGUGCUGCGAUCUGCCCGGAGUGAGAGAUGAGGAGGGCUGUCCUGCACCUGCGUACAGGUGUACCUGUUCUUCUGAUGUUCCAGGAGCUCCAGGUCUCCCCGGCUCUAUAGGGAAGCCUGGAUCUCGAGGAGAGAAAGGCGAAAAGGGAGAGCAAGGCCAAAAGGGGGAGGUGGGCCCCCCAGGGAAGCCUGGACCUGAGGGGAGCCUUGGACUUGUGGGCGGCGCAGGACCACGAGGAAUUACGGUGCAGGGCAAAACGGGUCCACCAGGAGCAAGAGGAGAAAAAGGAGAUCCUGGGCGACCGGGAGCACAAGGGUUACCAGGACCUCCAGGUCCAAAAGGGGAGGAGGGGAUCCCAGGCCCCCAGGGCAUCAGAGGCGUGGAGGGAAACAUGGGCCCACCAGGCAGCACUGGAGCCAGGGGUUUCCAGGGAAUUCCAGGACACCCAGGACCUAUUGGGGACAGGGGUCCCUCAGGGCCUGUCGGACCUACGGGUCUGCCAGGAAAUAAAGGGGAACAAGGUCAAAAGGGGGAACCUCAGUCUAUGGCCAUGAUCUACCAGCUGGUCACACAGGCCUGCGAGCAACUAAUACACAAGGAGGUGUUGACACUUGACAUGUACAUUAAUAAGGUUAGUCGAAAACCAGCUCCCAUCGAGGAGCCAGUAGGACCCCCAGGAGAACCUGGUAUACCGGGGCCCAGAGGUCCGCCCGGUGCCAGGGGCAACCAGGGGAACAUGGGCUCAAGAGGGAGACCUGGCAGGCCUGGAUAUCCAGGAGAACAAGGACGGAGAGGUCUUCCAGGGGAGAAAGGUGAUGCAGGGAACAACAUCCAGGGGCCCUCUGGGAUCAAAGGCUUUGCAGGUCCUGCUGGUGAGUCGAAGCUGGGGGACCCGGGUUCGAACGGAGACGAUGGCAAGGCAGGACAACCAGGGAUUCCCGGACCCCCAGGUCAGCCAGGCGAGAUUGGACCACCGGGUGUUUGUGACAGCAGUGGAGGCUGCCAAAGAGUUCCCCAACAAACAGAAGACCCGUAUUACGACUACCAGCCCUGAGUGGAGAAAACG